ACGUGAUUGGUUCCCUGAGUCCGCCUCUUUUUUCAUUUGGGCCCCAGAACUUUGCCGAAUUUUUGUUUCAACCGCCAUACCCCUGCAACUCUUCGAGGGCUGAGGGGUCCCGAACACCCUAACCCCUAAUCUUCCCCAAUCAGAGAUCUCACCAUUUUUUUUCCCUUAUUGUUUAUCGGUCGCCACAUACAUUUUCGUUUUCGCUCUGAUUGAUAAUCUUUAACCCUGAACAAAGCUGCCAAACAGUCAUCAAUGGAAGAAGGUAAAACUGCUGUUAAUCAAGAAACCCUAGAAGUUGUUGAUACACCCAGGGAAGAUUUUGGGAAGAUGCUUUAUGGAUGCGAACAUUACCGUAGACGGUGUAAACUCCUAGCCCCAUGCUGCAAUCAGAUUUUUACCUGCCGCCAUUGUCACAACGAGGCCACGAGCGCUCUGAGUAACCCCCACGAACUUGUGCGCCAAGAUGUCAAGCAAGUUAUUUGUGCAGUUUGUGAUACUGAGCAGCAGGCUGCUCAUGUCUGUUCAAAAUGCGGUGUCAAAAUGGGGGAAUAUUUCUGCAAGACUUGCAAGUUCUACGAUGAUGAUACAAAGAAGAAGCAGUUUCAUUGUGAUAAUUGUGGGAUUUGUAGAGUUGGUGGUCGAGAGAACUUCGAUCACUGCCAGAAGUGUGGAUCUUGCUAUUCAGUGAAUCUGCGUGAUAAUCACUUAUGCGUUGAAAAUUCUAUGAAGAACCACUGCCCCAUCUGUUAUGAGUUUCUUUUUGAUUCGGUCAAGAGCACUACAAUUAUGAAGUGUGGACACACAAUGCAUCUGGAAUGCUGUUCUGAGAUGAUUAAACAAAAUCAGUAUCGCUGUCCGAUCUGCUCCAAGUCCGCGUUCAACAUGUCAACCACCUGGGAAAGAUUAGAUCUGGAGAUUGAAGCUACUGCCAUGCCCGAGGAAUACCAUUAUGAGGUUCCAAUUCUCUGCAAUGAUUGCAACAUUACUAGCAAAGCAUUCUUUCACAUUUUUGGCCACAAGUGCAGCCACUGUAAAUCAUACAACACCCGGGUGAUUGCACCAGCAGAUAAUCAUCCUGACCAUGGGAAUGAAUCUGGAUAGUUUGAUGAAAUGACAAUGAUGCCACAUUGUAUCCUCCCUAAUUUGUUAUAGUACAUUUUGUUCCAGCAUAUGGGUCAUUUCCAUUUUACACACUAGAAAAUGUAUUGUGUAUUGAAAUAGUUUCUGCAGGUUUCUCCUUUCAGCUAGUCUCGUAGAAUUAGUUCAUGCUUCAAUUUUGUUUCAUUGAGAUUCAAAUGUCAUCAGACACGCUGCGCUGCGCUGGUGGGUUGAUUGUGAGGUGUGGUGUUGACUGUUCAUCCACUAACAGCAGCACAGUGAUGGGUUUUUCUUUUUGCUUAAUUUUUUUUUUCCCCGGUGGUUGAACCUAUUUUUAAGGCCUGCCCUGUGAGCCUUGACAGGUGAUUCUAAGAAGAUACCUAGUUUGGCAUUUUCUGUGGCCAUUGGUCUUUUACAUUACAAGUGAUAACCAUUCCAUUUUACAGCAGUUGAUUAACUGAAACAGAUUCUUUGGUGCACUGAUGAUGCCAAUACUUUUUGUGAGGAUCCGACCUCUAGGGUCCCCCAUGGAUUAAAUUUAGCAUUACCAUCUUUUAUAGGUUGGACAAAAUAGAUCAACCAUAUGGAAAGCAUUUAG